AUGGAUGGUUGUCUAUUAACUUGUUCAAAAAAGUAUCAGGAGUUGUCAAGGCAGAGAGAGAGAGAGAAAGACAGAGGGAGAGAGUGUGAGAGUGAGUGUUUAGGAGGGGAAAAACACACACACACACACAAAAACAACAACAACAAAAAAGGGGGGAAAGGGACUUUUGCUGGCUCUUUUAGUCUUACAGAGAUACAGAAAGAGAGAGAGAGAGAGAAAAGAAGGAAAGAAUCACAAGAAAGAAAGGAGGGGAAACGGACCAGGAAGAAGUUUCUCAAUCAAGACUCUCCAAGCCUUCUUUGUUAUGCUUCUCCUGCUUGAAUAGUCGUCCGUGGGCUGCUUGCAGAGGGAGGAAGAUCCCGGUGUUGAUCCGAUCGGGGGAGGAUCUGUUUGGAGGGGGAGCUCUCCCCUCCCUCCCCCCUCCCAGAGAAGACAAGUCCAGGUUGGGACACUCUCGAGCUCCUGUCGGCUGCCUUUCCUCUUCGCUUUUGUCCCACCUACAGCCCCUUCCUUUUAUUUUUUUUUCGGGGGGGGCGAUUGUCGGAUUCCUCUCUCCCUCGCCCUCUCUCUAUGCGCCGGUGUGCUUUUUACUAGCCGGAGUUCCUCGAAGCUGCGUUGGUUUGUUUGCCCACCACCAUUCCGAAACCUCCCGGCCGCCCGUUGCUGCGCCCCCUCGGCCGAAAAAAGCCGUUUGAAUGUACAACAUGAUGGAAACCGAACUGAAGCCUCCCGCCCCCCAGCAGACAGCGGGGGGAGGCGCGGGGGGCAACAGUAAUUCCGGGGCCAACAACCAGAAGAACAGCCCGGAUCGGGUCAAGAGACCCAUGAACGCCUUUAUGGUGUGGUCCCGGGGCCAGCGGCGGAAGAUGGCGCAGGAGAACCCCAAGAUGCACAACUCGGAGAUCAGCAAGCGCCUCGGGGCCGAGUGGAAACUUCUCUCGGAGGCUGAGAAGAGACCUUUCAUCGACGAAGCCAAGCGGCUGCGCGCCUUGCACAUGAAGGAACACCCGGAUUAUAAAUACCGACCCCGGAGGAAAACCAAGACGCUGAUGAAGAAGGAUAAGUACACUUUGCCGGGCGGGUUGCUGGCGCCGGGCUCCAACUCCAUGGGCGCGGGGGUCGGCGUGGGGGCCACGCUGGGCGCGGCCGGAGUCAACCAGCGGAUGGACAGCUACGCGCACAUGAACGGCUGGACCAACGGCGGCUACGGGAUGAUGCAGGAGCAGCUGGGAUACCCGCAGCACCCGGGCCUGAACGCGCACAACGCCGCGGCCGCGGCCGCCGCCGCGCAGAUGCAGCCCAUGCACCGCUACGACGUGAGCGCCUUGCAGUACAACUCCAUGGCGGGCUCUCAGACUUACAUGAACGGCUCGCCCACCUACAGCAGCAUGUCCUAUUCGCAGCAGGGGACCCCGGGGAUGAGCCUGGGCUCCAUGGGAUCGGUGGUCAAGACGGAGUCCAGCUCCAGUCCCCCCGUGGUCACGUCUUCUUCCCAUUCCAGGGCUCCGUGCCAAACCGGAGACCUCCGGGACAUGAUCAGCAUGUACCUGCCCGGGCCUGAAGUGGCGGAGCCGGCCGCCCCCAGCAGACUGCACAUGUCGCAGCAUUACCAGAACGCACCUGUGCCCGGCACGGCCAUAAACGGCACGCUCCCGCUCUCCCAUAUGUAAGACCCACGGGGGGUGGGCGAGACGCGAGGAAGGCGAGGGCGAGAAAUCUAGACCGAGCAACAAACUUUUAUUAGAAAUUCUGAACUUCUGACUUUCCCCCCCUUUCUCCCCUUCCUGUCCUCUUUUUCUGGGGGGGACACUAUUUUUGUACAGAGAAUAACUGGGUAGGGAGAAACCAAUCAGAUACAAAAGAAAAAAGAAAAAAAUUCCAAACCCAUCAAGGAACUUGUAUAGAUCUUUUUAUUUUUGUUUUCUCCCUCCCUCUCCUUUGGAAAGGGAUGCGACUCCACCAAACCUGUUCUCCCCCAUCCCUCCCACCCCCACCCUCGAAGUUCCUAUGGAAAUGGUACUUUGCAGAAAAGGUUUUUUAAAGUAAAAAAUAAAAAAAGUCUUGACCCAUAAUCUUUAGAACUAGACUCCAGAAAGCGACGUAGGAAGGUGGGAGGGGGGAAGGGAAGGAGACUGGGAAAUGGGGUGGGAAAUGUUUUAAUAUUUGCAAGCAACUUUUGUACAGUAUUUAUCAAAAUAAACAUGGCAAUCGAAAAGCCCAUUGUUUAUAUUAAAAAGAGGAGGGGGGAAACCUUGAGAAUUUGCCAAUUAUUUUUAAAAUACAUCAGAGUCUACUUAAGACGCUCUGAUAAUUGGAUAGAUGGAUUUAUAGCAGCUGCACAAAAAAGGAAGCUGAAUUUUAUUUUAAAACAAAAAUCUGGACGUUUUAAUUGUUUUAGCAAUUGUACAAAAGGCAAAAAAAUAAAUAGAAUAAGUACUUGCAUACCAUUGAACUGGAACUGUUUUUUUUAUAUAAAAGGGCAAAAGUUUAGGGUGUACUACAUUUUUUACACGUUGUUUAAAAAGCAAAAAUUGUCUUGCAGGUUCACACACAUUUGUUAAUUUAAAUAGCUUUUUUUGUUUUCAAACUUUCUCCUGUUCAGCUAAAACGACAGCAAAACAAUCUGAAAUUCUUGUGUUUGAAAUAUUUUCUUAUGGUUUGUAAUAUUUCUGUAAAUUUAUUGUGACGCUAUUUUAAGUUCUUUUAAUUUUUGUCCCUCCUCAUUUCCCGUAGUUGUACUCGGCUGUGUAUUAUCUGAAAUCAGUCCGCCGGCAGUCCAUGUGUAUGUGGGUGUGCAUAUAUGUAUAUUAUAUAUAUAGACACACACAUAUACAUAUAUACAUCUAUAUAUACACAUGUAUAUGUACAUAUACAUGGAUAUGUAUAUAUACACAGACAUAUAUAUAUUUGAACUAAUACCAUCCUUAUAAACAGGUACAUAUUUGAGUUAAGUUUUUACUCCAUUAUGCACAGUUUGAGAUAAAUAAAUUUUUGAAAUAUGGACACUGAAAUAACACUUGAGUCUUCGAUUUAUUUUCAGAAAGCAGGAUGAAUUUUAUGUUAUUUUUUUAAUUCCGUGCUGCUCAAGGACCAGUUAUAAACUGGUGUGAUAAAUAAUAUUGUAGAAUAAAACUCUAGGAAUGAGGAAAUCUUUUCCUGCUUUGUUUUCAGAAGGUAAUUUCAAUGCCAAUUAGUUUCUACUUAAAAUAAUGCGAGGCCUGAAAUUGGAUGUGGCCCAGAUAACUAUAUGAAAUGAGUAAUCCUUCGACAAUGGAAAACGCAGCCGACUGUAAGUGACACUUUUCUUCUGCUAUAAUAAAUGAGAAAAGUAACAUGGCAUAGAAAGUCGGUUGGGUGAUUUUCGCUGCUGGAAGAAACGACCACUUGUUGCCACCUGAAAGCUGACCAAAGCCCCCGGAGUUCAGAUGAGGCUGGACUGUUAACGCGAGGAGAACCAGCAGAAGUAGGAAGCGAGCGAGGUGCGUGGCUCUCUUAACUUCUCUCGUAAGCAGGGCGAUCUCCGCUUGAAGCGCUGUGCUUUGGGAGAAAAUGGACUUGAAGUGAGGCUUGGCUGGCUGGGGUAUGCGUGUGUGCUGGUGUGUGCUUUCUACAGUCCUCCGUGUGUGUUUUGGGGAAAUUGCAAAGUCGCGGUUUCAAGACAAUUGCACCACAACAACGCAAAAACGGGCAGCUCUCUGCGCCUUUCCAAACUUUCCCUGGUUUGUUUUUUUCAUUGCAGACGAGGGAGUUUGGGGUCUCUGAGGAGGUGGGGAAAGAGAAAGCCAGGGCGAGGGGGUGGGGUGGGGUGGAUUUAAAUGUAAGCCAUCAAUACUGAGAAUAAUAAUCUAUUCAAUUUUGUAAUGCCAUAGGCUUUCACAAAAGCUCUCUCUUCCUAGUUCAUAAUUCACCAGCGAGGUGAAGCAGCCAGUUUCAGGAAAAAGCUGCGAAACUCAAGCCCUCUCCCGCCCCUCCAAAACGCACAUUAAAGAAGACAACUUCGUCUGGCAGAGAGGUAUAUCUUGUUUAACUUUAUACUGUUAUUUUCAUUGUACCCUUAAAUAUACUUUUUUAAAAGUAAGGAAAAGUAUGUCGAGUCUUAGCUUGUAAAGAUAUCUGCUUUCCCACCUCUCUCCGUUUGUAAUGCACCUGUUUGUUGGGCAAAUUCUACUGAAAUCAAUGGGACUUUAUUUGCAACCCUAAAAUACUUAUGCGGAAGUAAAGCCCGAUGAAAAUCAAUAGGACUUAUUUUCAAGUAUAGGUAUUUAGGACUGGGCUGCGAUUCUUGCAGACAAAUGCCUGAGGAUCGUGAAAGUGAGAGUUUUGUGAAUCGUGGUUUGCAUUUUAAACAGGCUUAUAGAGAAGUAUGCUCUGUGGGAAUCAAUGGAAAAACUAAUGCCAAAUCUGGGGUGAAAAUGGAAUAAAUCCGGGCCUGUACGGUAGUGCCCUCGCCACAGAAGCUUAAGACAUUGGCGCAGACUAGAUUUCUCUCUGGAAAUCCCUCAGGCACUAUAGAGCCAUUUCCCUCCUACAUACAGCAAAUUUCGGAAAGUAUACAUUUCACCGCCCGAACCAAAAAUGAAUACUGUUGUUUAGGAUUUCUGAAAGCCAUUUCAGAGUAGAACGUUUUGGGGGAAAUCGUACAUUUUUUUUUUUUUAAAAGCUGAAGAAGCAAGUGUUUAAUUAUUCCUCAGCAAACUAUUAUUUCUCAGUGAAUGGCAAUUGUUAGCUGUUUCAAUUUAUUCAUUUAUUUUAGAGAUUCUUCCUUAGCUGCUAGCUUAGGCCGCUUACUGGCAUCUCAGCUGAAAUCCAUUUGUUUGGGAAAGUGGCACCGUGUGCUUGGACGGCUUCCUAACAGACCCUAAACAUACUUACUGGGAGGGAAUUUCCAGUAAAUCUGUUCCAAAUCGGGCUCCAAGGCAAGAAUUAGGACACAGCUUGCUGGAAAGUCAGUCCCACGACUGUACAUCCUUGCAAUGUGUUCUUAGGGACCCGUUCACUCGGAAUCAAGUGCCAUUGAUGUGAGUGAGGUUCUUCCCCGUAAAAGUGCUUAAAUGCGGGUUCUUAGGAGCAAGGUGUUUAAUUACAAAAGUCCGGGGCAUUUCAUUGAAUUCUUGAAACCCUCUCCACCAGCCCUUUGUGUGACUCCACAAUUUGCAAACUACAAUCGGUGGGUUUGAUUGCAGGCCUUGCUUUCUAGAAGGCCGCUCUACAAAGAGUCCCACACGCAGGAUUUCAGCCCCCUUUGGGCUACUGGGCGCUCAGGAGCGAUCUGCUCGCUUUCCAGAAAGGAAUAGGACAGAAGGGUUAAAUUAGUAUUUGGAAUUCUAAGUCCUUCGCCCCGAUUUCCUCCCCACGUUUAUGAAUGUAAAACGGUCUGGAAGGAUUUGCUUGCGAUGGUAAACGCGACCAGGAGGGAUUCUUCACGUGCCGUGGUAAAAAGCUUUCCUCCCCUUUCCCUCACAUUUGAAAUGGUUGAAUGUACACUUUUCACGAUAAUUCUCUCAUCCCGUACUACCGAUUUCGACACUGUUAUUGUUGUUGUUAAUUUUAGUUGAUUACCUGGAAGGGAGAGCUUGGUCUGAAUCCGUCGUCAAAGAAACUGAGCGACGUGGCGGGAUUGUUACGUGAACGCUUGCAAAUACAUCCAGGGCCGCAGAUAAUCAUUUGCUUUUAAACAAAAUUUGCUUAAUGAAUUCUGCCACUUUCCCCCUCCAUUCCAAACUGUGAGGUGACCAAAACUUAUUAUUAUUAUGAAAAUUAUAAUGAGCUUUUGUAUGCGCGAUUAAGAAAACGCAUUUGAAAUCCGCUCUCUUGCCGUGAUUGAGGCGGUGAGAUAGGCACAGUUAAAUGAACUGAGCAGAAACGUUAUUCAUGCAAAUCUAGAAAGGGCUCCCCCCCCCCUUAUUCAGCCGCUUUAACAAAUAGGAGGCAGCAUUUUCGAUUUCCCUCCUAUCUCUGAAAUAUAGGAAUAACAGUUGUUUAACGCCCCUGUUUUGCUCCUUCAGUGUGUAGAAAUGUAUUUACCCCAGAUCCCGUUUAAGUGGGUCUCAUGGUCCUUUUUAAGGGCUGGUCUCUCCACCUAUAUUUCUUCUCCUUUCAAAAAUAGGCACGUUGCUUGGAUGUCGGGUGGCAGAGAUGGAGUGUCACAUUUCCUUAAGCUUAGCCCCAGCAAAUAGACAGACCAUGGAUAAAGAUUAGGAGAUCCCCUGUGAUUUUUUUUUUUGGGGGGGGAGGAUUAUUAUUAUUAUUAUUGGUAGCAUUUUAAGGACGGGGUGUUAAAAUAUUUUGCUGACCUGGAGAGGUAGAUUAACAGGGUUUCUUGGCAAGCCGGAGAGGCUGGUAUUACAGGCUGUCCCAAGGGGAAAUGGCUCGAAUUAACCACUAAAUGAAUAUUUGACAAGGGCUCGUUUGGGGGGUAUUAUUACUACAAACGGGUCCCUAUUGGACUUUGCAAGGGUCAAAGAGCAAUGGUUCAAUUAAUUAUUUAGACUGCUAGUAGAUUUGGUUGUAAUAGCUGUACUUAUUCCUCCAAGCGACAAAUUCUUGCGGUAGAGCAAUCUCUGGAGGAUCUCUCUCCACCCCACCCCCUCCCAAGCUUCUCCAUCCAGCUCUGAGCACAAACCCAGAAGCAAGCAAGGCUGGCCUCCAAGACUCAAGGGGGGUUGGGGAAUGACUGCCUGAAUCUGGACGGCAAACAGAUUUCGGCUUUUAAGGUACUUCGGGCUUCUCUCUUCCCACAAGGGCCGUGCAAUGGAGCAUAGAGCCGGGAGGUGGUUUGAUUUUUUAGGUCUGUGGGAUAGGCUGCGGUAGCUCAUCGCAGGCAUUUGCUUAUUUUAAAUACAGAUGUGAAAAUACAGAUAUAUCUUUAUAAAUCCUACAGCUAUUCUGGGCAUAAAAGCCAGAACUGGCAAUUGUAUAGAGAGCAUUUUUAUUGGGUAUCUGCAUUAGGUAGGUGGAUAUUCAAAGUACCCAGAAAAAAAGUUCCAUUCAAGGAAAUAAGGACUGGUUUUGUGUUGAGGACGAUUCCAGUGUGCAUAAAGUAUCCCAUAAAAGACAUUAUGAAGUGAGUCUCAGUUUAAGGUAUCUGUAUUGCACUUUGGAGUAUACUUGUGUGAUAUGUACACACAUAAUAUACUAUGACAGAAAGAUUGGAUGUAUUUUAAUUCAUUCUUGAUUAAUCAGUAGUGAUUAGGUUUGUGGCGUUACUCCUAUUGAAUUCAGUUUGACUCACAUGCAUGGAAUCAAGUUUUGAUAUUGUCUUCAAGUACUAAAAUAAUCAGAGCUGAGGUCCUCAACACACAGCCCAAUCCUAUGUAGAUUUACUGAGGAGUCCUGCUGAAUUCAGUUACACUUACUCCCAAGAAAAUGGAGCCAUGAUUGCGGCCCUACUAGUAAGUCAAUUCUGUUUAAGGCAGUUGGACUUCCGGCUAAGUAAAUACGUUAAGAGCAAAGACCAAACCUUAUAGUUCCCGAGAUGUAAGU